AUGUCAUCAUCUUCAAGACCCACUGUUAACGAUAAUCAGCUAAAAAAAUCAUUGUCAGUUAAUUCAAUUCAACAUAAACGCGAUGCUGAAUCAGUAUUAAAACCAAUUGAAUCAAUCAAUGAAGAAAAAAUUAUGCGUUUGAUGCGUGAAUGUUUAAAGAAUGAUUCAAUUCAGAAGGAAAUUGCGAAUAUAGUCAAAAUUAAUGACAAUGACGUUGAAAAAUCAAUUGAAAAAUCAACAGAUCAAAUAGUUCAAAUCUUACUUAAACUAGUAUUGAUUGAAAUCAAUGAUCGCUUAAAUAUAAUUAAUAAACAAGUACAGGAAUAUCAAGAACAUCAAUUAAAGACUGAGCUCAAGUUAGAUGAUAUUGAACGACGUUCACGUAGUUAUAAUCUUAGAUUUUAUGGUAUUCGUGAAGAUGAAGACGCAAAGAAACAAAUUGUCAAUAUUGCAUGCGGAAUGAAUAUUUCACUUUCAGAUAUCGAGGUGGUUCACCGUCUUGGGGCUAAACAAAACGGUAAACAUCGCGCGGUUAUCGCUUGCUUUUAUUCCAGGGAAGCGCAUUACGCGCUUUUGACAUCCAGGAAAUUCAUACAGCAAUUACAAGGCAGAAAAUUUUAUAUUUUGGAAGAUUGCACUGAUCGCACAAUGUUUUUAUACAACACAUUACGAUCUAAACUGAAUGAAGCAUCUAAGCAUUUCGUUUAUAUCAGAAAUGGUCGUGUUUUGUAUAAAACAAGCUUAAAUGAAAAACCUAAACUAAUUUCGAAAGAGCAAGAUAUUAAUCUUGUUACUCAAUCGUUUUCAUCCCAGCAAAAGCAUCAACAAUUAGCUGUUUGA